AUGGCUCUUAGCGAUGCAGAUGUUCAGAAACAAAUCAAACACAUGAUGGCUUUCAUCGAACAAGAGGCCAAUGAAAAAGCCGAAGAAAUCGAUGCUAAAGCUGAGGAAGAAUUUAACAUUGAAAAAGGGCGUCUCGUUCAACAACAACGUCUUAAGAUUAUGGAGUACUAUGAGAAAAAAGAGAAACAAGUUGAACUUCAAAAGAAAAUUCAGUCCUCUAAUAUGUUAAAUCAAGCGAGGUUGAAGGUACUGAAGGUAAGAGAAGAUCAUGUUCGUUCUGUCUUAGACGAGGCUCGUAAGCGUCUUGGAGAGGUUACCCGUGACCAAGGCAAAUAUGCACAAAUUCUCGAGAGUCUCAUCCUUCAAGGUUUAUACCAGCUGUUCGAAAAGGAAGUGACUAUCAGAGUUAGGCCUCAAGAUAGGGAUUUGGUAAAAUCCGUCCUACCCGUAGUGGUUACCAAGUACAAAGAUGCCACCGCUAAAGAAAUUGUCCUGAAACUCGACGAUGAAUCCCACUUGUCUCAGGAGACUACCGGUGGAAUCGAUCUUCUGGCUCACAAGAAUAAAAUCAAGAUCAGCAAUACCCUGGAGGCCCGUUUGGAACUCAUUUCGCAACAGCUGGUACCCCAAAUCCGUACCGCACUCUUCGGACGCAAUGUCAACAGGAAGUUCACCGAUUAAGUAUUACACAUUUCCUUGCACAAUUUUAAUGUGUAUAAAUUAUUCUAAUUGCACGCUAUAUAGUUAAGCACACAUUUAUCUAAACGAUUCCAUGAUUUUAUCUAACGAAAACUUGAGAAAUUGUUACGUAUUGUUCAAAAAAUUGUAAAUAGCAAAUAAAUAUUAUGAAGUUCCAUUUUCGUGUAGUAUUAGUGUUUGUUUUUAGGUAGUCCAGUGUAGGGUAGCGGGAAUUUUUUGUUUUUUGUUCAUUUAAGUGCCCUACAAUGUGUAUAAUGUACAUUGUGUUAAUAAAAAUGUCAUGAAAA